AUGGUAAAUUUUCUGCUGCUGACUUUGGCAUUUGGCCUGGCUCAUGCUGAGAUUGAAGGAAAGUGGGAUACCAUUGCCAUCGCUGCUGACAAUGUGGACAAGAUAGAAGAAGAAGGACCUUUGAGGCUCUACAUUCGUGAACUUACUUGUAGUGAGGAAUGUAACAAAUUGGAAGUCACAUUUUACGUCAAUGCGAAUGGCCAAUGUUCAGAGACAAAAAUCAUUGGUUAUAGGCAAGAAGAUGGCACAUACAGAACCCAGUUUGAAGGUGAUGGUAGAUUUAAAUCUGUGCAUGCAACACCAGACAACAUAGUCUUUGUUUGUCAGAAUGUGGAUAGAGCUGGCCAGACAACAAACCUGAUUUUUGUUGUUGGAAAAAGUCAAUCUUUGACUCCUGAACAAUAUGAAAAACUUGAGGAAUUUGCCAAGGAACAGAACAUUCCAAGAGAAAACAUCCGAAAUGUUUUGGCUACAGAUACUUGUCCUCAAUAA